GGCGGCGGCGGCGGCGGCGAGGAGGAGGGCUCGGCGGCGGGCAGGCUCCGGGGCUCCCGGGCCGGCGGGUUCCGCCGGGUCGCAUAGCGUCCGCUCGGCGGCGGGAGGAGGGAGCGGUGCAGACAAAGAGCGGCAUCUGGGCGGGCGCAGCGCGGCCGCCGCCCCGGGACCCGCGCCGUUGCCCUCUGGCCUCGGCGAGCGAUGUGCACUGAGAUCCCAUAGGUUCCUUUCCUGUAGUGUUAUCCUGGUUGGUUCCUGCUCAUCUGCUAAGAUCUGAGCUGACUCGAGAGCUUGGAGGAUCACUGCAGCUUUGUAACCUUCAAGGUGUCCUCAGCAAAAAUCCCUCAUCUUUUUGAAGAUUGCUACAUUUUGCCAGUCACCUCUUGUAGUUGUGUGCCAAAGAAGGACUCCAUGAAAGAUGACAGAAGAAGUCAUUGUCAUAGCCAAGUGGGACUAUACAGCCCAGCAGGACCAAGAGCUUGACAUCAGAAAGAACGAACGACUGUGGCUGCUGGAUGACUCUAAGACGUGGUGGCGGGUGAGGAAUGCCGCUAACAGGACGGGCUACGUGCCUUCCAACUAUGUGGAGCGCAAGAACAGCCUGAAGAAGGGCUCCCUGGUGAAGAACCUCAAGGACACACUAGGCCUCGGAAAGACACGCAGGAAGCCAAGUGCUCGGGAUGCAUCCCCAACGCCAAGCACUGAUGCAGAGUACCCUGCCAAUGGCAGCGGUGCUGACCGCAUCUAUGACCUCAACAUCCCAGCCUUCGUCAAGUUCGCCUACGUAGCAGAACGAGAGGAUGAGCUGACCCUGGUGAAGGGCUCCCGAGUCACAGUCAUGGAGAAAUGCAGCGAUGGUUGGUGGCGUGGCAGCUUCAAUGGGCAGAUUGGCUGGUUCCCCUCCAACUAUGUGCUGGAGGAGGCGGACGAGGCAGCAGCAGAGGCCCCCAGCUUCCUGAGCCUGCGCCGGGGUGCUGCGCUGAGUAACGGGCAAGGUGCACGGGUGCUGCACGUGGUGCAAACACUGUACCCCUUCAGCUCAGUCACUGAGGAGGAGCUUAGCUUCGAGAAGGGGGAGACCAUGGAGGUGAUUGAGAAGCCUGAGAACGAUCCCGAGUGGUGGAAAUGCAAAAAUGCCCGAGGCCAGGUGGGCCUAGUCCCCAAGAACUACGUGGUGGUCCUCAGUGACGGGCCUGCACUGCACCCCACGCACACUCCGCAGAUCAGCUACACCGGGCCCUCAGCCAGCGGACGGUUUGCUGGUCGUGAGUGGUAUUACGGCAACGUGACACGGCACCAGGCCGAGUGUGCGCUCAAUGAACGGGGCGUUGAGGGCGACUUCCUCAUUAGGGACAGCGAGUCCUCGCCCAGUGACUUCUCCGUGUCUCUCAAAGCAUCAGGGAGGAACAAGCACUUCAAGGUGCAGCUGGUGGACAGCGUCUACUGCAUUGGGCAGCGGCGGUUCCACAGCAUGGACGAGCUCGUGGAGCACUACAAGAAGGCCCCCAUCUUCACCAGCGAGCAUGGGGAGAAGCUCUACCUCGUCCGAGCCCUGCAGUGAAGCAGCCAUUGGCCUCCCAUGCCCUGCCCACUGUGGGCCUCGCUGCCACCUCCGCCUCCCAGAGUCCAGCGCUGCCGGCCACCUCCACCCAUGUGGCCUGGAUCACCUCUGUAGCCCAGUCAGUCCUUCUCAGCCCUGUUGGUCAACCAUAGCUACCCAGGCCCUCACAGCCAUGCCAUGGCUACCACCUUCCGGCUACCUUCAGGUGGUGAGGGUCAAAGGGAGCUAAGCUGCUCACUUUUUUCCUUUUUUAAUUGAAAACAGUUUGUUUAAAUCCUACACACACACACACACACACACACACACACACACACACACACGCACGCACGCACAGCAAAAGACUGGAGCUUAUUUGGAGGGCAGUGAGGCUAUAUGUAGUGAAUAUGUGACCUUAGCACACGCUCCGAGAGCUGUGUCCACGGGUAUUUGGUGCCUCCCAUCAGCUAUGCUGGUCCAGGCCAGCCUGUGUCCUGGGCCUGCUUUUUUGUUGUUGAUUUGUUUCAUUAUUGUUGUUGGUUUGUUUUUUUGUUUUUGGUUUUUUUUUUGUUUUGUUUUGUUUUGUUUGUUAUUGUUGUUUGGUUUGGGUUUUUGCUGCCUGGCUCCAGGCUCUGCAGGAGUCCAAGAAUGUGCGGAUAGCAAUACUGGAAACCCUGGGGAGGUAGUCGUGAGGGAACUGCCCAGUGCCUUUAAGGCUGUGCUUGCAAUAAAAGAGGGCUUUUGUGAGAGUCCUCUGCAAAAGAGGGAGCUGGCAACACAGAAAGAAACUCUGGUAAUGUACCCCUAGGUGUGCCAUCCACAUAGUGCUUUUUCCCUCUUGCCCUUCGGCUUGUUUGAAUUUCACAAUUAUGUAUUUAAUUCUCAAAGUAAUAUGUAUCUGUAGCUGUUUGUUGACACUAAUAACAUGAUUAAGAAAAACAGCUGAUCUCUUGGGAAGGGGAGCUACCAAUACUUUAUAUAUACAUUAUAUAUAUAUAUAUAUAUGUAUGUGUGUGUGUAUAUAUAUAUAUAUAUAUAUAUAUAUACACACACAUAUAUAUACUAUUUGCUUUACAGGGAAAUUUUUCAGGGUUUACAGAAUAUGUGAUUGGUAGUAACAGAAUGUUUAUGAGGAAAUUGCAUUUUUCUUUUUCUUUACAUUUGAACUUCUUUAUAGUUUGACUAUAGAGUCUUGAGAUGGCACAUUCCUACAAUUGAAGAAGGGGUCUUGAGAUCCCUUAAACUUGCAUACCCAGUUUUUUGAAUAUUGUAAUAAAAAAGUAUUAUGACAA